GCCACCAUAGAUAGCACAACGACUGCAAAAUAUUUACCGGUUACAAACCGUUAAGGCUCAGUAUUUAAAGUAGUGACUUCUCUCUGUAUAUUUUAAUGUGAUUAUUUGUAACUUAUAUAUUCGUCAUAUUGCAUCACGUGUGCAUUUUUUCAAAGCCAUACUACCGGGGUUAGAGUUCAGUAAAUACUGAUGAUGUCAUCGUCUGAAGAUGGCUGAAGGAGAAGGAUGGUGGGGAGGCUGGCUUCAGCAGAGCUUCCAGGCCGUCAAAGAGAAGUCAUCUGAGGCCUUGGAAUUCCUAAAGCGAGACCUGACAGAGUUCUCUACUGUUGUGCAACAAGAUACAGCCUGCUCUAUUGUGGCUACGGCCACAGCUGUCAGAAACAAGCUCGCAGUGGAAGGUUCCUCUGAGACCACAGAAAAGGUGAAGAAGAGCCUCUCUAGUUUCUUAGGGGUGAUAUCAGAUACGCUUGCUCCACCCCCUGAUAAAACCAUCGACUGUGAUGUAAUCACAUUGGUGGCAACUCCAGCAGGAACUACAGAAGUCUAUGACAGUUCUAAGGCACGUCUCUACAGCUUGCAAGCUGACCCAGCAACAUACUGCAACGAACCUGAUGGUCCCCCAGAGCAGUUUGACAACUGGCUGUCCAGCUUUAAUUUGGAAGAUAAGAAAGGAGAAAUCUCAGAGCUUUUGGUCAGCAGUCCCUCUAUAAGAGCCCUUUACACUAAAAUGGUACCAGCAGCUGUAGCCCAUUCAGAAUUCUGGCAGAGGUAUUUCUACAAAGUCUUCCAGCUGGACCAGGAGGAGGCAAGGAGAGUGGCGCUGAAGCAAAGGGCAGAACAGACUACACACACAGAGACGCUGGGCUGGGAGGAGGAGGAGGAGGAGGAUGACUUCCUUGGUGCCACGUCAUCAUCUCAUCUCAACUUUGCACCCCAGUUGGACAGCAGCUCGACCCAGCUGCCCACGACUUUGACAGGAACAGGAACGACUGUGCUGAGCCCCGUGCUGUCUCCCAGCGAAGAGCGUGACGCCACCCUCUCGGUCAGCAGCGACAGCGUCAGCCUGCCAACGCAGGUGGAAGUGCGGUCAGAGCCUGUUGUUGUAGAGCUGGCCAAGACACUGACAGAAGCUAGUUUGGAAGAUGUAGCAGUCAAGAUGCAAGAUGAUCGAAGGUGUGGAAAGAGUGACUUAACUGUUGAGGCUCAAGUGGAAGCUGUAACCCAGCCAGAGGUCACUGUUGAUGGAGCAUCACUGCAGGCUUCUGCCCCCAACUCUAAACCAGAAGCAGCAAAGGAGGAGGGGCCGCAGGACCUGAGAGUGUUUGAGCUUAAUUCUGACAGUGGGAAGUCUACGCCCUCUAACAAUGGCAAGAAAGGGUCCAGCACCGAUGUGAGUGAGGACUGGGAGAAAGACUUUGACCUGGACAUGACAGAAGAAGAAGUCCAGAUGGCACUAUCUAAAAUAGAAGCUUCUGGAGAGAUGGACGAAGACUGGGAGAACUGGGACUGAGAGCCACUGCGGCAUGAACUCUGUCCCGCCAUUAAAGCUAGUUCUCAGCAGACGAACCAUGCUUGAUGUGUUUUAACUCUUUGUCCACACUGUCACCAUGUCAUGAUUGUCAGUAGGGGAUUUUCCACCGGGUUUGGACCAUAUUGGUAAACCUGUUGAAAAGCGCAAUGGGAAGACCUAGGCAAUAAGAAUUCGACUGCUCUCUUGGCUGUCAGUUUAGUGCAGAUAGGCCACUAGUGAGCGUAACGACUCGGGUCUUGGCUACUUCUUAGAGUAACUUCUGACUUAUAGAGCACACGCCAAUAGUGAGAGACAGAUUCUGAAAUCUUUCUGACCUUUAAAGCUUAAGGACAAAGUGACAAGUCAGAAUAUGGAAGGUUUCACUGCAGCAGGGGAUGAGCUGUUUUUUUCCCUUUUCUUUAUGCCAUUAAGUACUUCAUGUAUGUUGCAAGUAUAUUUCAAGCUGGGCAAUGAUGUAACUGCAGGCUGCAAAAUAGCCAUAAACUCUAAUGCUGCUUGUCACCUUUCCAGGAUGAAAUACUCGCAAGUGAUUUUUGAAUGGUGAUGAUUGAUUGAUAUAAUUCUACCUUUGCCCCCUUAUUUCUCAUCUUUAUUAUGCAAGUGAAUCUUCAAAAUGAGAAAAAGUAUGUUGGCCUUUGUUUAUUGAGCAUUUUUCAUUUUGGAUUCACCCCCAACUCUAGAUAUAUGGCCUUGUAAAACACACAGUAGUGUGAUAAUGUUCUGCAAAUGUUUUUGUUUGUAGUCAGUCAUCUGAAACACAGUUCUUCCCCCUCUCUAUAUGUGUAACUUUCUGUCACUUCAGUGUUUCACUUCUUUGAGUUGUUCAUCUGUUGAUCUUAAUCGGGUAGAGGGACAUUAAUUAUCACUCACUAAGUCACAUUUGACUUAAUAAAGAGAACUCAAACUGGUCCUGGUGUCAUGAUACCGGAUUCUUUGGCUCUAAGUUAAGAACAGCUUCUCUUGUUAUUUACUUGCAUAGGAGAAUGUGACAAAUCUGUGAAGUUUGAAGUUUCUCUGCUGGUCUGUAUUGGAAAUGAAAUAGCUCAGCAGGCAGAGUGCCAAGUAGACCAAAAGUAGACCAAGGAGCAACGUGAGCACGCUCCAUGCUUUCCUGAUUUCCUUUUCCAUCAUCUGUAAUGUAACUGAGAGAAAAUAAUCCUAGAGGUGUAAUAUUUAUACUAAAUGCUUAAUUAUUGUAUUAUGUGCUUUGGAUUGCAUGUUAGUGCAAUAACAUGCAAAACAUUGUGCAGAUGGUUACUGUUGAGUUGUAUGUAUUCUGGCUGUUCUUCAGGUUUUUGUGUUCUGACGAUGUGUUGCAUGUCUAUAAUUCUCGGCUGUGUAUUCCCGUCAGAUUGACACUUUGAGCUAAUCAAAGCUGUCAAGUUCCUUUUUUUUUUUUUUAAGUCAAGUAUUUCACUAUAUUUUUCAAAUGAUCAUUGUCAUUAAAAGACUCAUGGCUAAUGGA